AUGGUGAAAGCAAUCACCGAUGGAUUUGGUUCUACUAAACAUUUACCUUGUAUCGCGCAUGCUCUAUCUCACUUGGUUCCAGACGCUAUAAAACUAAGCCCUCGUAUCGGGGAAAUAAUUGGGAAAGUAAAGUCUAUUGUGACUUUAGUAAAACGAAGUGUCGUGGCAUCUGACGAGCUAAAACGAUUACAGAUACGUGACGGAAAAACUGACAGUAUAGCAUUAAAAUUCAAACAAGAUGUGUUGACACGUUGGAAUUCAACAUAUUAUAUGCUUGAGCGUUUUCUACAACUAAAAGAUUAUGUAUAUUCUGUGCUUCUAACGUGUCCAACAGCUCCUAAAAUACUUUCUCGCGAAGAAAUCGAUAUCUUAGAAGAUGUUGUAAGAAUUUUAGGUCCAAUCGAAUUUGUCACUACUGAGAUAAGCGGUGAUUCAUAUCCGACUAGUAGCUUGGUGAUUCCUGUUAUUCACUGCAUGGAAGGCACCAUAAAAAACUGCGUUGCUUUAACUGUUGAAGGCAAUACAUUUAGAGACAACAUCUUGUCUGAAGUACAGCGACGCUUUAAAGAUAUUGAGUUGUAUAAGUUACUUGCAGUAUCAACCAUUCUGGACCCGCGAUACAAACGCAUGCAUUUCCAGUCACCAAAAGCUGUUUCCGCCGCUAUAUCGUAUAUAAAUUUUCAAUUAAAGACAGUCGCUGCUAAUUAUAACAUGGAGUUGAACAAAGCAAACGAUCUGGAGCCACAAACCAACAGUGAAAUUAAUGAGUUCGACGUGUGGACUUUUCAUGACAAUUUAAUGAAGUCAUGCGCAUCAUCUUUCGAUGAACCUGGUGGCAUGAAUCUUGAAUUACGGCAAUAUUUAAACCAGCCAAUUAUUCCGCGAAAUCAAAAUCCAUUUAAGCAUUGGCAGACACUUAAGCUUGCCUAUCCAACACUAUUCACCGUUGCAAUACGUUAUUUAUCUGUCGUUGCAACUUCGGUACCUUCUGAGCGCGUGUUUUCAAAAGCUGGAAUUAUCAAGUCAGACUUACGAAGCAGACUUAGUGGAAACCGACUGAAUAGGCUACUCUUUUUGGGUUCACUUGACGAAAAAAAUUGGGGACUUGACUAA